UUUUUCGAUAAAACCGUACGGAUUAACUUUUUUAAGAACCGCUGCCUACAACAUAACGCUCUCGAAUCGGGAAAUUAAGAUGGCAUACCAGACACUAUGGUUGGUUCUCGACGGUCAGUUCGAGUUAAUCCACACGCUACUUGGAACGAUACACUUGAUGUCCUUGGAUCUGCGAUGCGAACAGCGAGAGCAACCUUUGGGCAGCAUUACGCCGACGUCUAAAGAGACGGAACCGACGCGUUUUGUGGAACGGACGCGUUUUGUGCAUGCGCCCAAGGUGGAGUCGAACCCAGAGACAGAAGUGGUCACUGUUGGGGAUGAUGAUGAUGAUGAUUGCCUUAUCAUUGAAGAGCAAAUAGAAAUCACAGAAAUUAAAGACGAGGAUGACGAUGAGGUGGACUCCCUCACUUUUUUGACCCCCUCCCCCCAAAAGUAAUCAUUUGAUGAACAAUAUAUGGACAGCCCCUUACACGGUUACAAAUUUGCUGCCAUCCCCUUUUUAACACGCUAAAAACCUCAUUCCUACACGAUUGCAAAAUAUUUUUUUUUAUAAAGAGCCACAAAAUAAACAUAUGA